AUGCUGAUUCUCAGUGGUAUAGAUCUUCUACCAGCAUUAAAUCACGAGGGUAGCUGGACAAGCGGAUUCCAGCCCAUUGUCCAGUACCUGGCAUCAGAAGCUCUUUGCGAUGACCUGGACGAGAACCUCAGCCCUAUCCAGCGGGCAGACAGCGUCGCAUACAGCGCCUACUUGCGAGCUCACGCAGGACCUCUUGUUGACCUGUCUCUCUACGUCUCUGCGGCCAAUUGGGCCACUGCUACCAGACCAGCGUACAGCUCACUGCUGUCGUUUCCCCUGACGUGGACGGUUCCAACUUUGAUCAGAUCAGAAGCCAUUAAGCGCGCCGAGCAUCUCGGCCUCGCUGAGUUGGACAGCGACUUUGAUCCUAGCAGCGGCCUUCAUCUUAGUUCCGGCAGAGAUGCGCUACCAGAGACGUUUCGGCGACAUAUCCCUCUGAUGACAAAGAAAACUGUCCAUGAGGAGAUGACGCCGGAGCAGGCUACGGCAAUUAGAUUAUUCGGUCUGACUGAAGACUGCCUUACGGUGCUGGAUGAUUUAAUAAAGGGAGAGGAUGAAGAUCACCCUCGAUCCUUUGCUGAGGCAUCAAUUACUUCUCUAGACUGUUUAGCAUUCGGAUACUUGGCUCUUAUGCAGAAGCCUGCUGUACCCCGAGCUUUCCUCAAAGACUGGUUAGAAUCGAAAACUCCAAGGCUACACAAAUUCGUCGAUUCCAUGCUCGCGCUAAGCAUCGCUGAGCGCGGCGAGCUUCCCUGGACAGUCCCCGACCCGACCUCUGCCGUUCGCUUUAGCGGUCGUGUUUUCGACUCUGUACUACGCCAUCUGCCCAACGUAGGCGAGCGAUACGCAUCCGAAGUGCGCCACAGGGCUGAACAACAGACAAAAGGCUUAGAUCAAAGAGCUAUGAUGUUGAUCGCGGGCGUGGUGCUCACCGGCCUGGCGACUGGUUAUGGUUUUCAGACAUAUAGGGCGAUGCAGCCGUUUGGGGCGCCAACUCAAUCGUGGCAGCCCAGGCGGACGCAGUCACGGCUGAGCGAGUUUGGACAGCUUGGCUCGAUGCUGAGUAGUGCUAUGGGACCUAUUCAGCCAAUGCCCAGUGGUCUCGAUUUUGGAACUCGAGAUGACGGAGGGCCUGGUGGAAGGUUAGUGGAAGUGGAUGCCGAAGUUGAUUAA